UCGAAUGUCACACGUGGAUUUCGAUCGGCCACGUUACGCGCACGAGGUCUCGGCAACCAUCGUCGAGGGUUGACGAAAGAAAUCGCGUCCUCAUCGCGCGAGAGAGCUCGCGCUUCUACGUGUCCCUCGCUGAAUGCCGCGAUCGUGGCGGCAAACGGCAAUGUCCGACGAGUUUGCAUCCCGUUGACCGAACGGAAUCCGACGACUCCAUUCCGAUUAUAUUUCCGACGAAAGAGAGAGGGAGGCGGGGAGAGGGAGGCAGGGAUUAUCCCUGGAAUUUUCUCAUGCGGAAAAUUUGCAUGUGAAAGUGGGGCGUCGCGCGGCCUAGUGAUUAAUCGCAACGGAAAACGAGAAAAGGCCCAGCUUUGGAAGUUCGGCCGCGCGAAGGGAUCUCCAAAGAUAUCCUGGACGUGACUCAAAUCUCGAUAGAGAGUCUCGAGACCGACGAACUUCGGCCAGUGAAUUUCCGGGCGCUCGCGUGUGCUGGUGACAGAGAGAAAUCGGUCUUUAAGUAUCCCCGAGACUAUAGAGACAAGAGUGUCCAGGCGAUUGAAGGAUCACAUUUAAUAGGAGUGCGACUCAACGGUGAUAUUUUAGCAACUGAUGCACCGUUCGGAGAGUCUCGUGAAUACGGUUCAUCGAUAAUUUAAUUCACCGGGGAGGAGGUGACUUCUUACGAUUCUCGGAGCGCCGGACAAUUUUUCCAAACGACUUCUGCAACGCGCGCGAUUGAAAUUUUCACGAGAACGACUCGAGAGGAGCGCAUCUCACCCGGGACUUAGAAUUGGCGGGGACUUCAAGAAAGGAUCUUGUGAUAGUGCCGUGGUGUCGAUGUCCAACUAUUUACCGCGCUCAAGUGUCAAGUGCGACCCAUGUCCUGGAGAAUCUUUGACGAAGAACUUAGUGCAUGUCGCAAGUUAGUGUGCACUUCGGGUUGACGCUCGUGUCUUCCCAACUAGAACGACAUGGAGGUUACGCGGGCUUAGCCGAGCGUGAACAACGGGAGAUCCGGCGCUCGACAAUUACCCGGAAAAUUUUCAUAGAACUCGCGUCACGAGGAUUUCACGUUACUGCAAAUUAAUUUUCCAGAACGAGGGGAAAUGUCGGCCGAGGCGAGAGCUCGUCGACCUACCAUGCCGACGAUUCCACACUCCAAGAGGCCCACGAUCCUGGUGUAUCCGACGGUUACACCGGAGAGUAUAAUCAUACCCAUCGUGUCCUGCAUUCUGGGAUUUCCAUUGCUGGCGUUAAUGGUAAUUUGCUGCCUACGGAGGCGAGCGAAACUCGCCAGGGAGCGAGCCCGGCGAAGAAACUGUGAUUUGGAUCAUGGCGCACUGAGCCUCGUCCGUUUCAGCCCGGUUCAUCGUGUAGCUGGUGUGGAUCGCCAAACGCGCACCGUGUCCUUACGAAGCGAACGAGGAUCGCGAGCCUUUCCGUCCCUGGAACUGGAUACGGUCGUCGAGGAACGUUCGGAUCCUGAGCAAAGUACUGCGCUGGAACUCAGUAGUCCAGAUUAGCAUCCGGCACCGGCACCGUCAAGCAGGUCGCCGCGACCAUCAAAAUCCUUGGCGGUGCCAUUGCCUGUGGAUCACAGCCCAUUGUGGACGGCUUUGACGCACGCUAACGCGGUCUCCGCGGCGUUGGGGGAUACCUAGCAGGAGGCGAAAGACGGCAGCUAUAUCGAGGCUCUCGUCCUAGAUCUGCCAAUCAUUUACUGACCGGCCAUUCCUUCCGAAAACGGAGGCCAUGACAUGGGAAUAUCAGGGGAAGGCCAAACACUAUCAUGCGCGAUAACGACGUGAUUAAUACGUAACAUUUCGUCGAGAGAGUGAAAGAAAUAAACUUUAAGCGACAAAACGGCAUACAUAUGUCGACGGAGCAUCGCGCGUUUCUAACGUGCUUCUUCUAUUUCAACGUGCCAUCGUGACGCACGUGGAAUUUUAUACUACUUAGUUAUUACUCGUAAGCACGGCUUUUUACACGAUAGUCGUAAACCCG